GCAAGCUUUAUGUUUCUACAACGGUUCACACUAGUUUCCUACCUCAUAUAGGCAAGCAAAUUGGAAUGCAUCAGAAACAUGGCACGCAUGUGGAAUACACUGUAUCCUCAGUGAGUGUUCCUGAAUACUCUAGUUUGGAAAAACAACGUAGGUGUAUCAAUACGAACCGAAACACCACAGCACAUCUAGCUGUUAAAGAACAUAACAUGUUCAAUCUGUGCAAACUCUUACUUUCAUUCACAUUCCUUAUCGUAUACUUCGAAUCUGUUGUUUGGAUCAGUCCACUAAUCGCAGUGGAAGGUCGGAGGAUUGACGCGGACCAUUUAAAAAGAUCUGCUGCAGUUUCUUCAGGCGACUUGACAGCAGACUCUGAUUACGAUUUGGUGAAUUUCUCAGUCGAUCAACCUACAGAUGAGACCCUAGAUCAAAGGUUUAAGCAACGUCUGAAGCAGGAAUCGACCGCAAUCUUUGAGGACGAACGCGCAUUGAAAAACAUUAUGGACCAAAUGGCUGCCUACUAUUUGACCUAUGGAAGGCCGAGGUGA